AUGGGUAGAGAUAUUGUAUCAUUAGAUGAUUUAACCGUCAACAAUUUAGGAGUGUUCAAGAAAAUAAAUGAAGUGGUCUUACCAACUAGUUAUCCUGAACAAUGGUAUAAAGAUUCAUUAAAUGCUGAUCAAAUCGUUAAGCUUGCUUAUUAUUCCGAAUUACCAGUGGCUGCAAUCAAAGCUAAAACCAUCAAUACAUCUCAUAAAGCUGGUACUUAUGAACAUAUGCAACAACAACAAAUAAAUUCCAAAAUUAUCCCCAAUGCUGUUUAUAUUGAAAGUUUUGCAGUCUUGCCUGCUUAUAGAGGUGUUGGCAUUGGUAAGAAAUUACUUGAUUUUAUAAUUGAAGAAACUAAGAAUAAAUUCGUUCAUGAAAUCUUAUUACAUGUUCAUAUAGAUAAUAAGACUACUAUAGAAUGGUAUGAAAAACAUGGAUUCAUUAAAGAUGAUGAUAUAGUUAAAGAUUACUAUAAAGCUCAAGGUUUGGAAAAUCCAGAUGCUUACAUCUUGACCUUAAAAGUCUAA